UGGAAAACGGCGUUUAAUAAAAAACUGGCUAAAAGUGCCGCACAAUUGGGUUGAUAAAAAUAUUUGAAACAAAAUAAUAAAAAAAUAUAUAAAAUAAAAGAAAAACAUAACACAUACCAACAAACCAGCCAACUACAAAAUAUAAUACACACACACAAUUUUCUUCUUACUAGUUUCUUUUUUUUUCAAAAAAGUUCUGCUUCUUUUUUUCGUUUUUUGGUGUAUUAAAUUAGAUGAGCAGCAAAAGAAGAAAAAAUCGUAUUUAUACGUUGUUAUAGAUAGAGAAGAAAAUUAAAUAUAUAGUUGCAAAGAAGUUUAGACGAAGUAUAGAAAUCGAAGAAAAAAAGGUGUAUACGUCGGAAUUAUAAUUGGUGCUUAAAAUAUUAUAAAAAUAAAGAAAAUUCUUAAAAAUUAUUUAUAAAAAAAUAUCACAAAAAAAUAAAAGAAAAUUAUUAAAUAAAUAAAUUCAAAAUGUUAAAGAUGAUGUUAUAAAAAAAGAGAAAAAUAUCCAAAUUUAACCCACCAAAUUAAUUAUAAAUGUAUUUAAAUUACAACUACAACUAAAAUAUAACGAAAUUUGUACGAAAAUUAAGAAGAAAAAGCGUUAUGAAAUUUGCACCUACAAUUAAUAAAAAUAUUAAAUAAAUAUUCUUUUUUGUUACAAUUGUGUGUUCUCGCCGGUCACCGAUGUAUAAAGAUAAUAAACAACAUCUCCAAAUUAUAGAAAAAUCUAAAACCCAAUAUAGAUAGUUACUAAAUGGAAUGAAAUGCUUAAAUUUCAAUUACAUUCUAACGCAUACAACCAUUAAAACAAAGCAAAGCAUUUAUUCAAAAAUCAACAAAAAUAAAAUUAAAUAAAAAAAACGCGCAACGUCUUAGACAAAUAAGGAAAAGCUAGAACGAAGCAUAAAAUAAAAAAAUAAAAAAACAAAUCAAACAAACAACAAAAUCCCCUUAAAAAUUUUUCUUUCGAUCCAAGGUUUAAAAGAAAACAUUCAAAAUUCACAGACUAAGCAAAGCAGAUGCUACAUACACACUCACCUCCUAAUCCAAAAGAAUAGUUGAGUGUGUGUAAAUCGAAUCAUUUCGAAAUUGCCAGUGUUCGGUGGUCAAUAGAAGAAAUUCAAAUUGAAAUUAAACCGCGGCUUUACCGCGGCAUAUUAUGUCACGAGACGAUUACAAUCCUGUAACAAGCUCUGGUGUUCGUAGCCCGGGUCGUAACAGACGACUUACGGAAUUGCCAACAGUUGAUCGUUCACCAUCACGGGAUUACGGUACACGUGGAAGUCCUUUAGCAAUGGGCAGUCCAUACUACAGAGACAUGGAUGAGCCAACAAGUCCCGCGGGGGCGGGACAUCAUAGGAGUCGUAGUGCCAGUAGACCAGUAAUGUCACAUGGACUUGACUAUCCAAGAGCCCCUAGAUAUCAAUCAUUGGAUAGAGGUGGAUUAGUAGAUCAUCAUGAUCGUGAAUUCAUACCCAUACGUGAACCACGUGAUCGUUCCCGUGAUAGAUCCCUCGAAAGAGGCCUUUAUUUGGAGGAUGAAUUGUAUGGACGUUCAGCUAGACAGAGUCCAAAUCCUUUAGGUUUUAAUACCGGUAUGCCUACAGUGGAUCGUGGUUAUCAUCUGGGCGAUUUGCAACAUCAGAAUACAGAUUUACAACGGGAAUUGGCACAACUUAAACGUGAACUCGAGUUGACAAAUCAAAAACUUGGCAGUUCCAUGCACAGCAUUAAGACAUUCUGGUCGCCAGAACUGAAGAAAGAGCGAGCGCUGCGCAAGGAGGAGAGCGCUAAAUAUAGUUUAAUCAAUGAUCAAUUGAAACUAUUAAGCACUGAAAAUCAAAAACAAGCCAUGCUGGUGCGUCAAUUAGAGGAAGAACUACGUGCACGUAUGCGUCAGCCAAAUAUAGAGAUGCAACAGCAAAUUGAAGCUGUUUAUGCUGAGAAUGAUCAUUUGCAACGUGAAAUUAGCAUUUUACGCGAGACAAUUAAAGAUUUAGAAUGUCGUGUCGAAACACAAAAACAAACUUUGAUUGCACGCGAUGAAAGUAUUAAGAAAUUAUUGGAAAUGUUGCAGGCCAAAGGCAUGGGCAAAGAAGAAGAACGUCAAAUGUUCCAACAGAUGCAAGCCAUGGCCCAAAAACAGGUAAAUAUUACAAAAAUUUACAUUCUAAUGACAAUUCCGUUACAAAUUGUUUUCGGAAAAUAAACAAAUCUCAUUCGAACUAAAUUACUGCAGUAA